GGAGGGAGGGAGGGAGAAGGAGGAGGGAGGCUGAAAAAGGAGGAGGAGGAGGAGGAUGCCGGGAGGCGCCCUGACUGUGAGCAGCUUCAGUCUGGUGACGGAGAGCGCAGGAGGCUCCCGUGGCUGUACGCUCCUCCCGGCUGUUUUCAUGUCCGGGGCCACACUGUCUGCGAGGGGCCUGCAGGGAGAAUGACGAUGAUGACCAUGAACGGAAAGCAGCACUUCUCCAUGCACCCGGCCCUGCACGAGCCCAAGUAUCCCGGCCUGCACUCAGGCUCGGAGGGCAUGCGCAGAGUCUGUCUGCCCGCCCCGCAGCUGCAGGGCAAUAUAUUCGGAGGCUUUGAUGAGAGCCUGCUGGCACGGGCUGAAGCUCUGGCGGCUGCUGACAGCAUUGUCUCUCAAGGCAAGAGCCACCCGUUCAAACCAGACGUGACUUACCAUACCAUGAGCAGUGUCCCCUGCACCUCAGCAUCCUCUUCCUCCUCCACCACCGUGCCCAUCUCCCACCAUCACCACCACCAUCACCUGGGACAGACCCUGGAGGCCGGGGACCUCCUGGAUCACCUUUCCACCAGCCUGGCCGUGACCGGGAUGGGAGCUCCAGAGCCUCCAGGGAUGACUGCGCCGGCACACCACCACCAGCACCCGCACCACCACCUGCAGACCAUGGGGCAGCUGCACCAGGCAAUGGCCACCAUGGCCCACCCUCACUCCCUGUCCGUGCACGGCGGCAUGGCCUGCGUCAGCGACGUGGAGUCCGAUCCCCGGGAGCUGGAAGCCUUCGCGGAGCGCUUCAAGCAGCGGAGGAUUAAGCUCGGGGUGACCCAGGCGGACGUCGGCGCCGCGCUGGCCAACCUGAAGAUCCCCGGCGUGGGGUCGCUAAGCCAGAGCACAAUUUGCAGGUUCGAGUCCCUCACCCUGUCCCACAACAACAUGAUCGCGCUCAAGCCGGUCCUGCAGGCCUGGCUGGAGGAAGCCGAGGCUGCGCACCGGGAGAAGAGCAGCAAGCCGGACCUUUUCAACGGCAGCGAGAGGAAAAGGAAGCGCACGUCCAUCGCCGCGCCGGAGAAGCGCUCGUUGGAGGCGUACUUCGCCAUCCAGCCUCGGCCCUCGUCGGAGAAAAUCGCGGCCAUCGCCGAGAAAUUGGACCUGAAAAAGAACGUGGUUCGAGUGUGGUUCUGCAAUCAGCGGCAGAAACAGAAGCGAAUGAAGUACUCGGCGGUGCACUGAGUUCUCCCCACCAACAUCAUGAAUAAAAUAGCCUACUACAUUUUUGAUUGAGUGAUUAAUAAUAACCCGAGUAGCCCCAACAAACAGGGAUUUAUCAACAUGUCUCCUCUGGGAUCGUUUCCAAAACGGACUUUUCCACAUUUUUUGUGUCACUCACUCUGCCUCGUUGCACCUUUUCUGGAUUUUGCUGUUGAGACGGCAUACUUAUUUAUUUUAAAGGGGGAUUUUUUGAUGUUAUUGAUCAUGUAUUCUGCACACGCAGAGAAUGGACUUUUAUUCGAAACUAUCACAUUCAUUGUCAUUGGAGCGCAACUGGACUUCUUUUUCUACUUACAACAUAAAUACACAAAAAAACGAUACAAAAAAAAAAAAACACUAUUAUAUCCACAUCACAUAUGCAAAAAUAGCCACACUAUCAUGUCUUCACCUGUGGAGCCUUUAGGAUUAAAAUGUUCCAACGUUUCAACUAUUCACUAAAUUCUGCGAAUGAAGCCGCUCUCUUUGUAAACUGUGAGUGAUUGUGAUUUACGCACAAAAAAUGAGUCUUUUCCCACAAACUAUGACACUGUUCUUCUUGAAUCAUUAAGAAAUGGAAAUGACACCGUCAUUAUAAGGGGCACAACCAAUGUGGCUGCUGCUAUAUUUUAGUAUUUUGAUGUGAACAUGUUUUGCAGAAUUACGGGUGAGCUGUAUAGAUAAUUAUUAUAUGGCUUUUAUCACCUAAUAUAAGUAUUUAUUUAUUUAUUUUCCUCACUCUUGAUUUCACUUGGAAUAAAAAAGUGUGACAUUUAAACUGAAUAAAUUAUUGGUUAUUUUCUAAAAUGA